GUCAUGUCCACCUCCGAAGCUGUUUUUAACUCUGCGACAGACACAGUCAACGACCUUGCAGAUCGCAAUGUCGACAGUACUGAAUCCGAUGUCCGCUAUGCCGCCUACGGUGCUCGGCUUCGUACCGCGUUGAGGGCCACCCACCGAUACGUCGCAUACACCAGUGAUAUCGGAGAGGCUUUCCGCCCCAUCGUACCUCCUCGAUUAGUCUCCGCUGCGUACGGAAUCUCCUGGAUGUACCUCAUCGGAGAUGUAAGCUACGAGUCUUGGAAGGCACGCAGACGAGGCCCUACUCCUCUCGAGGCUGUUCACUUUUCAGAACCAACACGCAUAGGGAUGGUCGCUGUGAAAAGAGCGGCAUUCCAGAGUAUUGCCUCCAUGGCUCUUCCUGCCUUGACCAUACACACUGCAGUGAAGCAGGCGAAGAAAGCCUUUGACAAAUCCAAAAACACUCGACUCCGAGUCUGGGGUCCCACCUUCACCGGCCUCGCUAUCGUCCCCGUCCUUCCGUAUCUGUUUGACCACCCAGUUGAAGUAGCGACAGAUCGUGCCUUCGAAUGGAUAGAGCGCAGGAUCGCUGCACGUCAGGACGCGAAGGACGUCUGAUCUACUCUGUUCUGGAGGCUAAAGUCUCCCUUAGACUUACCCAAUCUUACAAGGACGGUUUUCAACACUUUCAGUGACUUUGUUUUACUAGAACCCAAUACAUCCCUGACAUGCCGUGAUCUCG